GACCGCUGGGACUCUCCCUGCCAGGAAACGUGCUUGCUGGUGGCAGUGACCUUGAGAGCUCUCCGCAACCUGCCCUGCUGGCCGACACCGCAUUUUCUGUCACGACCAGGGCCGGACACCAGGGCUCACUGCCUGGUCCCCGGCCCGGGGUCGAAGACGGGGCGUGUGGACCCUGGUUGUGAGACGUGUCGAUGGGGAAGGUGCGGUGAGGGGGAGGCUGGAGGACGCCCCGAGAAGGCCCCAGUGACAACGCCCGGCGAGCGGCCGGCCACGGUGACCAUGGUGGCCCCUGGGGACCAUGGUGGCGAGGACAGGGACGGCGCCUGCCUUCGUGGGGCUCCUGGCCCCUCGUCUACAGAACAUGGGCAUUAGCUGGUCACUGGGACCCUCUUGGUUCGCUGUCCUGUCCUGCUGCCAUGUUGACACACCGUGUCCCCACACCAUGUCCCCUUUCCCGCUCCCGGCUCUCAGCCCGGAUCGAGGCUGGCCUUGCUCCAGGCUGGACGGGACUGAGGACAAAGGAAAGAAGCGUCCAGGCCAGAGAGAAGUUUUGUGAGUUUACUUGGGUCAAACCGACAACAAUCGCCAGGAAGCACAAGCUCAGCCGGCUGAGGAAACGCUCCGGAGCGCGGCAGCCCCUCCUGUUCCCCGACUUGACCCCAGGACGCCUGCUUUAAACCCAUGGACAGACGACAUCGACCACCCGGAUCCCACGCGCCCCUGGAGGCAGGAGGACUCCUUCGCUCCCCGCUUCCCUUUCACGCUGGCAUUCUGACGAGCCCUAGAAAAUUUCUCAGUACAACCAUUUCAGAACUGCCCGUACUAGGUGCACCUGCCCGCGCCCCAAGGGCUCGCUCGGGGCAUUUCAGGGUGCGUGUGCCAGCACUCGGAGGACGCCCACAGGCUCGCACGCACGGCCGUCUUCUUGGAAAACUGAGAAGCACAAAGAACGUUUCUGAGCGGGCCCAGCCGUUCCCAGCCUCUCUCGUCAGCUCAGACACAGCUGCCUUGCCCUCCCUCUUUUAUUGGCCAAGAAAGUUGCCCCACCUGCUCUGUGAGUUUACCUGUCAAAGGGGCAGGGCCCUCAGCCAGCCGGCACUGGAUUGAAUCUAAGUAGAAGUAGUCAGGCAGCUCUCUUUGAAAACCACUGGGCUGGGAGUUCAUUGCUGCAGGACCCUGUUCUCUCCUGGGACGCCUGGCUUGCGAGCGGACUCGCUGGCUCCGGAGCCCGGUCGGUGCGCACGGCCUGGAGGACAAUGGCCCGCUCUGCCCUGCAGUACGCCGGGCUGGCCCUGGGCGGCGUCGGCCUGGUGGGCACGGUGGCUGUCACCAUAAUGCCUCAGUGGAAAGUGUCUGCCUUCAUUGGGGGCAACCUGGUGGUGUUUGAGAACCUGUGGGAGGGGCUGUGGAUGAGCUGCAAGAGCCAGGCCACCUUCCGGCUGCAGUGCAAGGUCUACGACUCGCUGCUGGCCCUGCCCCCCGACCUGCAGGCGGCCAGGGGGCUCAUGUGCGCGGCGGCCGUGCUGUCCGUCCUGGGCUUCGCCAUGGCCGUCCUCGGCAUGAAGUGCACCAAGUGCACCGGGGAUGAUGACAGGGCCAAGAGCCCCGUCCUGCUGGCGGCUGGAGUCAUGUUCGCCAUCGCGGGCCUGGUGGUGCUCACGCCCGUGAGCUGGGUCGCCAGCUCCAUCAUCAGGGACUUCUACAACCCGACCCUGGACGACGGCCGGAAGCGCGAGCUGGGGGAGGCCCUCUACCUGGGCUGGGCCGCGGCGCUGGCGCUGGUGGCUGCGGGGGCUCUCUUGUGCUGCGUCUCUUACGCCCGUGGAGAGAGCAGGGCCUACAGGUACUCCCUGCCGCCCCACCGCGCGACCCCCAAAAGCCAUCCCACGGAGAAGAAGCCCCUGAGCGUCUACUCCAGAAGCCAGUACGUGUAGGAGUGUGCCAGCUCGUCCUCGGCCUGGCGAGCCACACGCCGGACCCGAACGCCCACCGCUGUCUGGGAGAGGGGCCUGCGGGGCCGUGGGCUCCCUGCUCACGGGAGGCCCGCCGUGGCGUGGGUUCCCACGGCUCCCGCAGGACGAAAGGCACACUGUGUGCUUUGUCUGCAGUGAUCUGUUUUCUUAAGUGGUUUGUCUGCCUCUUCUCUUUCAUCAGUGUCUUUAAAAUGAAGUUGCUAGAGACCUACCACUUCAGAGCUGGGAUUUCUCUGGGACGUAGCAUUAUGUAUGCAGCAGGGAGCGUACCUGCCACACACAGGGAGAGGCUUAUCUGGUUCUAUUUUAAAUAACACGCUGAUCCAUUAACACUGCAUAAACAGAAUUCCAGCCCUGCUUUCCAGGGACUCGGGGAUGAGACUGAAGACUGUUAAUAUUAAUUGUUUAAAAACAGCUUAACAAGGGAUGCCUUGGGUGUCUAAUGAAGGUUUAAGAAAGUCUCUAAUCAGCAAGAUAAAGGACACGGAAAAGCUCUGUGACAAUCAGUUUCCCGGCCCCCUCCCACUCUGCCCAAGGCCUCGGUGCUCAGGCUGCACUGGCAUCUUUGCCAGGAGGUCUGCAUUCGACCCCGAGCUGUGCCGGGAGGACGAUGGACCUGUGAUCUGAGAAACGCUGGAGGCCUCAGGACAGUGAAAUUCUUUGCCUGUUAAAUUUGGGGGCUUGGCAGGGAGGUGUUUGGGUAAGAAAUCAUAUAUGUGUAUGAAUAUUGGAAUAACUGCUUGAAUACAGACUUUGGGUUUUUAUCAAUAUGGAUAAGAGGACAGAAAAAUAAAAUGUCUUCGUUUUAUUUGCUUACCAAAAACAAACAAACCAAAGCCCAAACCGCAAGUUCUUCUUUCUGAGCUCUGUCUUCCCCUUUGUGAAUUCUUCAGCCGGAAAGGUCAUUUUGUCUGCCAGGGUGAUUUCUGUGCUUAUUCCGUGUUGGUUAUGUGUUACUGGGGCAUAGAAACACCGUAUUCCAGUGUUUUGCCCAAAUUUGAUGCCACUGACCAUCUAACUGGAAAGCCUGGGCUCCGUUUUUGUGGCUUAAGUGAUUCUGUGCCAUUUGCUCUAUUUCUUUUGUAUUAAUUUGGCUUAUAUAAAUUUUUCACUACUCCCUUUUUUCUGUUUUAUUA